AUGUCUGUGCCUAGUUUAAUUCCCACACUUGGAGUAGCUGUGACUUACAAUACUGUGGUACCAAUGUUCUCAACUUCCUCCUUUACUACAGGUUAUAUACCUCAUCGCACACAUCCCUGUGAACAGAGUUCUUGUUACCCUGCCACUGGAAACUUGCUUAUCGGGCGUGAAGCUCGACUAUGGGCUUCAUCAACAUGUGGUCUAGAAAAGGAGGAGCGAUAUUGUAUAGUUUCACAUUUGGAAGAUCGAAAAAAGUGCUUCAGGUGUGACUCCAGAGAUCAAUACGUUAAUAAUCCAGCGAGAAGUCACCGGAUAGAAAACAUUGUUUACAAAAAUUUUCCUGGCACUGACCAGCGUUCAUGGUGGCAAUCUGAGAACGGAGUUGAAAAUGUUACAAUUCAGUUGGAUUUGGAAGCAGAAUUUCAUUUUACGCAUAUGAUCAUUACAUUUAAAACAUUCAGGCCUGCGGCCAUGCUGAUAGAACGGUCUUAUGAUUUUGGAAGAUCAUGGCAAGUUUAUAGGUAUUUUGCUCAUAACUGUGAUGCAGCUUUUCCCGAAGUUCCAAAGACAAAGCCAACAACAUUGACAGAUGUUGUGUGUGAAUCAAGAUACUCAAAUGUUGCACCCUCAACUGGAGGAGAGAUAAUAUUUCGAGUUUUGUUACCAAACUUACAUAUAGAUGAUCCAUACUCUCCUGAAGUACAGAAUUUGUUGAAAAUGACUAAUCUACGAAUUAACUUCACAAAAUUACAUACACUUGGGGAUGACCUCCUGGACAACCGACAAGAGAUACAUGAGAAGUAUUAUUAUGCCAUCUAUCAGAUGGUAGUCCGAGGCUCAUGUUCAUGUUAUGGCCAUGCUUCUCGGUGUCUUCCUCUGUCAGAUGAUGUCAGUCGCGUUGAUAUGGUACACGGGCGAUGUGAGUGCACUCACAAUACCAAAGGUCUCAACUGUGAGGAGUGUGAAGAUUUCUACAAUGAUCUACCAUGGAAACCUGCUUUUGGAAAACAGACCAAUGCAUGCAAACGAUGUAAUUGUAAUGGACAUGCCUCAAGCUGUCACUUCGAUGAAGCUGUGUAUGAACUUACUGGACGUGUUAGUGGGGGUGUUUGUGAUGACUGUCAACAUAAUACCAUGGGUCGCAAUUGUGAGCAGUGUCGCAAUUUCUAUUAUCAGGAUCCUGGUAGAGAUAUUACUGACCCAGAGAUUUGUCAAUUGUGUGAUUGUGACCCACGAGGGUCGCUUGAUGAUGGCAUUUGUGAUUCACGAACUGAUCCUGCCAAUGGACUUGAAUCAGGACGAUGCCACUGUAAAACCAAUGUGGAUGGGCGACGCUGUGACCGGUGUAAAAAUGGAUUCUGGAAUUUCCAAGAGUCCAAUCCUGAUGGAUGCCAAUCUUGUACUUGCAACACACUUGGUACAGUGAAUAACCAAGGGUGCAAUGUGUACACUGGAGAAUGUACAUGUAAAAGAUAUGUUCAUGGUCGUGAUUGUAAUCAGUGUCUACUUGAAUAUUGGGGUUUGUCAGAUGAUCCUGAAGGAUGUAAGCCUUGUGAUUGUGAUCCUGGUGGUUCCUUUGACAACCGCUGUGAUGUAAUAACUGGCCAGUGCAGAUGCCGACCGCAUGUGACGGGCCGUGCGUGUGACCAGCCAGAACAGAGCUACUUCACUGGCUCACUUGAUUACUUGGUGUAUGAGGCAGAACUGGCUCGGGGCUCAGACGUAUGCCGUGAGGGUGAUCAAACUAAUCUAGGAAGUCAAUCAAGUAAUUGUCAAGUGGUAAUCCGUGAGCCAUUUAGAGAUGGUAGAGAGAACACCUGGACAGGGACUGGCUUCAUGCGGACCUUUGAAAAUUCAGAUUUGGAAUUCACUGUCGAUAACAUCCAGAGGAGCAUGGAGUAUGAUAUAGUAAUUCGUUAUGAACCUCAACUUCCAGGACAGUGGGAUGAUGUGCGGGUAACUGUGGAAAGAGAUGGCCCUGUGGAUCAAAAUGGUCCAUGCGCAAGAAGUGCUACUGUGUAUCCACCAGUUUGUCUGGAGGCUGGCAGAUCAUAUAAAGUACGCCUUGAAUUUAAACGUUAUAAUAAUGAAGUGGAUUCACCAUCUGCAUCAAUUCUAGUAGAUUCGAUUGCAUUGAUUCCAAGAAUUGAGAGUAUACCUUUCUUUGAAGAUGGCUCUCCUGCUAAUGAACUGAGACGACAAGAAUUUGAACGAUACCAUUGUGGACAGUAUUUCCAAUCAGUUUCAAAAGGACAUGUUCCAGAAAUUUGCAACAAGUACCACUACAAUAUUGGUUUUUAUGUGUAUGGUGGUGCAUUCUCAUGCGAGUGUGAUCCUACUGGCUCUCUGAGCUCCCUCUGUGCCCCUCUUGGUGGCUUAUGCCAAUGCAAACCUAAUGUUGUGGGGCGUAAGUGUGAUCGAUGUGCUCCUGGCACUUAUGGUUUUGGACCUGAAGGAUGUAAAGGUAAGUUGUGUAUUGAAGGCUUCUAUGGAGAUCCUCGUAUUGGAGCAUCCAUCCCUUGCCGACCAUGCCCCUGCCCUGGCACUCGAAGUUCAGGGCAUUCUUUUGCAACCCAUUGUUCUCUUGACCCCAUCACCAAGGAUGUGGUAUGCGAGUGUGAUGUAGGCUAUGCAGGAUCAAGGUGUGAUGUAUGUGCGGACAAUUACUUUGGUGACCCGGAGGUGCCUGGUGGAUCUUGUCGAGCUUGCAACUGCAGCAAGAACAUUGAUAUUUCUCGUCCCGGUAAUUGUGAUGGAAGGUCAGGUGAAUGUUUGCAAUGCCUCUUCAACACAGAGGGCUUCAACUGUCAUGUGUGUCGUGCUGGCUACUAUGGAGAUGCAAUUAAUCAAGAGUGUCGAGAGUGUGUUUGCAAUUUACUGGGUACCAACAGUUCAGUAGGCUUCUGUGAUCGUCAAACAGGACAGUGUCCUUGCCUUCCUAAUGUCAUUGGACAAAGGUGUGAUGAAUGUGCUGAAAAUCACUGGAAAAUUGCCAGUGGAACUGGUUGUGAACCUUGCGAUUGUGAUCCAAUUGGAUCAGUAGCAGAUCAAUGUAAUUUGUAUGAUGGACAGUGUAGUUGUAGACCAGGCUUUGGAGGUCGUAAGUGUAAUGAAUGCCAAGCUAACUUUUGGGGAAAUCCUACAAUUGAAUGCCAUCCUUGUCAAUGUGAUCUACAAGGUUCUGCUACUCAGCAGUGCGAUCGUGCUACUGGUCACUGUAUCUGUAUCCAAGGAAUUGGUGGUGCUAAAUGUGAUGAGUGUGCGAGAGGAUAUCUGGGAGAUGCCCCAUAUUGUUCUGCCUGUGGGGAGUGCUUUGACAACUGGGACAGAAUUCUAAAUGAACUUAAAGGUGAAACAAAUAGGAUAAUUGAUCAAGCUUCAAAAAUCAACCAAACUGGUGCUACUGGAGCAUAUACUUUCCAGUUUGAAAGUAUGGAGAAAAAAUUGGCUGAUGUGUCUCAGUUACUUGAAAACACAACUGUCAGUUAUCAGGACUUGGCUGCCCUGAGUGGACAGCUUGAUGGGUUGAGGGACCAAUUGAACAAAUCAAACGAAAAUGUUAUUGAAGCUGAUUCAAUGGUGAAAAAUUCCACCCAACGUGUGCUCCUAGCUAAUGCUACCAUAGAGCUUCUUCGAGAACGUACAAACAUGUUGAAAGGAACUGCCAACGCACUCAAGGAGAAUGCCACCCAAUUGCAAGAGGCUAAUGUGGAAGGUGCACUUAACCUUACAAGGAAAUUUGAACAAGUCUCGUUGAAAGCCCAAGAUACAGCGAAUGGAAGUCUAUCUAUUUUGCAAGAUGUUGAUCGUAAUAUUCGGCGGGUAGAACAUCUGGUUGCUUAUUCAGGUGAGCAACAACAACAAGAACUGGAAGCUCGAGAGCAAGAAUUGAUUGCUUUAAGAGAACAGCUGGCACAACUGGAAGAAGAAAUUCCAGAACUGAACCAUAAGGUGUGUGGCCAACCAGGCAAUCCAUGUGACAGUGUGUGUGGAGGUGCUGGCUGUGGGCGUUGUGGAGGAAUUGCGUGUCUUGAGGGUGCUGUGAGUAAAGCAAAUGAAGCUCUUCAGUUUGCAAGGAAGGCUGAAGAAGAAAUCCGUGUAAAGGAGCAGGAUACAGAAGCUUUACUGAGAACAAUUAGCCAGGCCAAACAAGUUGCAGUUGCUGCACGAGAUGAGGCUAAAGAUGCGUAUGAUGCUGCUUUCCUUGCUCAUAAUCAAUCAGAUACAGUACGUGCAGAGAGAGAUAAAUUUUUAGAAGAUUAUGAUCAGUUUUUGAAUGAAGCUCCUGCCUUACCGUCAGAGAUUCGUGCUAAAGCUACAGAGGCUUUGGAAAAGAAUAUCAAACUUGAACCUCAACAAAUUACAGACCUUGCUCAACGUAUCAAUGAGACAAUAGCUUCAUUAACUGAUAUAGAUACAAUUUUAGAAGUAACAGCAAAAGAUCUUGCAGAUGCUAAUGAACUUAAAGAUCGAGCAGAUGAAGCGAAGCAGCAAGCAGAAGGUGUCUUAAGUAUUGCAGAAGGUGUAGUAAGUGCUUUAGAAGAAGCUAGAGAAGCACAGGAUAAAGCUGACGAAGCAAUUCAAAAAGCUGAUGAUGACAUUCGUGCUGCUCAAUCUGAUUUAGCCCAGAUUGGCAGUGAAACAGCUGAAGCCCAAUCUAAAGCGCAUGGAACAGUGGAUGCUGUUAAUGGUCUACAGGAGAGGCUGCGACCUUUGCAGUCAUUAUUUUGGCAAAAUUCCAAUGGUGCAGAUCAAGUAGUUGAGGAAGCAAAAAAGCUAGAAGAAGAGGCAAAUCGUACUCAAGAAGAUGCUAAGGAUUUGCUUGACAAAUUCAAAUUGGCUCAGGACAAACUUACUCAGAGGGCUAAUAACAGUGAAGCAGCUCAUAGCAGAGCGGAAAGACUUAUUGAUCGACUGAAUCGGCUGCAAGUUGAGCUCACAGAAGUCAUCACCAACUUGCAAACUAUGGAAAAGGAAUAUGUGAACAAUGAAAACAAAUUGAAUAAUCUAUCAGAUGAAAUUGAUAACCUGUUGCAACAGAUGAUUAAGUAUUCUAAUAUAAUUGAUGAUCGGGCAAGUUUCUAUCGUGAAUGUGUGCCUUAGAUAAGAGCAAGAGAUUACUAUGUCUUGGUGAUAACUAAGUGGAACAUUCAAGUCUAAAUGACAAAAAGUUUGAUAUUUCAUGUGCCAAAUGAAAGUUUAUCAGACAUUGCAUUUGUUAAUUAAUAGUGAUAUUUAAAGUCCAAAUGGAUGAACUAUUCCCUAUGCAUUACUAGAGAGUGAGUGCUGUAAGAUGAAUGCAUUUUGAAGGUUUGUAUGCUUAUUUUCCGGUGUUUCCCAUGUUUUGUACACUUGACUGUUAUCCAGAGAAGUUAGUGUUUACUUCUACAUUUAAUUUCAUGUAGAAGCACUUGGUAUUAAUGUGCUGUGUCAAGAUAACAGUAGAAAGAAUUACAUAAACUUUUGAGACAAGAAUAUUGAUAUUUUAGGAGUGUUUUCAAAAUAAUUGUUCUGUAAGUGAUACAUGUAUAAAAGGACACUUGCAGACCAAAAAUUUCAAUAUGUAAUGACAAGUCCUUUCAAGUAUAUUUAAGUCAAUAGUCAGAUGUUUUGGAGAUGUUCUUGUGAAGAGGGGCAGCUCCUCAUUGCCACAGGGCUGCAAACUUGGUCUUUCAGAAUCUCUGGUAUAAUUUCUGUUAGAUGUCUGUGGUAUAUGAUAAUUUAGAAAUGUAUAUUUUAUUCAUUCUUGUAUCUUGUCUUCAGUUAGAUCUGAUAUUAAUUUGUAAUUAAUUGAAGAAUACUACCACCUCAAAUUUUGCAUUGUAUUUGUACAAAUAUUGCAUUUAUUAUUUUGAAAAAAGACAUUUAAAUGAAGUCAACUCAAUGCAAUAAAAUUAUUUAUGUGUUCUCUGCAGGUAUAUGUAUUUACAAGUGUGCAAUUGUAUUGAUAUUAUGUAAUUGUGGAAAUUGAGAUGUUAAUAUCUGCUCAGUCUCUUACUUUUUUAUGUUAAUUAAUGAAACUAUUUUUAUCAUAAUUCUCUGUAAUUUUGUAAAAUAUGAAUGAAUACACAAUUUUUAGUAAAUAUUUUAUUGCUUAAUGUCAGUAGAUGAGAUUGAGAUAAAUGUUCACAUUUCAUUGUUGAUAAAAUGUAUUUUACUAUAAAUGUUUCAGAAUUUUUGUAUCAAGGCAUUUCAUUGAUAGUGUAAUUGUUUGUAAUUAUGUCAAAACGUUUUGAUUAUACUUUCUGUCAAUGGAAUGACAAUUUUGUUGAGAUAUGGACAUAAAAGCAUUAUUUUUCCUAGAUAAUAAAUUUAAAAUUAUGCAUUUCAGAUGAUAUUAUUGCAGUAUUCAGUAUGUAGCCUACUCUGUAAUACAUUUCUACAGAAUUUAGUAAUAUAUAUGUGUGUACAUACAUGUAUAUACAAGUACAAUGAAAAAAACUGCUUUUUUAUGUGCAAGUGUUUUGAAAACUACUUUACUCUUUAUUUUUCAUUUCCAUUUCUACGAGAGAAAGUGUUGCUCUAACAUAUUUAUACUGUUAGUUUUACUUUUAUCUUAUGAUUUUUCUAUUUUUAGAGAAUUAUGUGGAAUCUGUUCUUUGAUAAUUCCAUUAUGUCAAAAUAUACAUUCAUUCAUAGCAUUUCCAAUGUAAGAGUGAUAGAUUUGAAUAAAUUUCUGAAGUCUAGGAAAAGAAUUAUUAAAUUAAUUAAUUUAAAUUUAAAGAAGUAUUAAACUAAUUAAAUUAUUCAUUAAUUUAAUGAUAAUAUUUUAGCAAGCAAUAAUAUUUUACAGACUGCUUUUUAUUUGUGGUUACAUUUUAAAUUACCCUAUUAAGAAAAUUUUUCAAGAAACUAUUUUGUCUCAUAAUUUUUACAAUAGUAUUAUAUUCUAAUAUCUAAGUAUUGACUUAGACAGGCCAUUAUCUGUAACAUGUCCAUUAUCUGAUACAACCUAUUAAUUACAUUACGUUGAUAUAUUUGCAGAAUGAGUAUGCAAAUGUAAUUACUUAAUAGGUCUAAAAUUGACAGGUGUUACAUAUAGAAUAUGUAAAGGUAAGUAGAACACAUAAAAUGAAAAGAUUGAGACUUAUUAACUUCAUAUUUGAACUUAAUUGGAUCCUGUAAUGAGCAAAUGACAACUCUAACCAACAAGGAUAUAUAAAUACUUAAUGCUACCACUUAAAUAAAAUUGUCUAGAAGAGAAAAAAGAAAGUUGUUUGCUUUAGGUUUCAUUGUAUAAUAUUGUCGUUCAAAUAGUCCCUCACAAAGAUGAGGGAAGUGAAAAUAAUACAAGACAUCCAUAUUCAGACUUGUGUUUUUAGUCAUAAUUCAAGAUGAUUAAGUGCAUUUCAUUCUGCACCAGGCAACAUGCCCAAUUGUAGAAUAAAGCUUAUAUCUAUAUUUAACCAAGCUUAUAACUAAACUGCAGAUUUUUGCUUAUUUGCCUGUUGUUUUCCUUUAAUAAAAAAUGCAAUCUAUUACAAUACUUAUUUAUUUUGGGGCAUUAGGAGUAUUAUAUGUCAAGUUUUUUUGGUGCCUAUAAAUGCUUAUUUUGUGUUUAAAUGCCCAAAAGUUAAAAAAAUUAUGUCUUUCAUUUUUAAUCUGCAGAGUAAAGAGAAAUAAAACAACUAUCGAUAAAUCUAUGUUCCAUUUUAAUGCCAUCACAGUAUAGGUACUUCGUUUUUUGAAACACGUUCAAAAUUA